GAGGUGUCCUCCCGCCUGGAGGCCGGGAGCGCGGGGUGGCGGCCGCCGCUGCUGGCUGGCCCGGCCUGGCAGCAGCUGAACACCAAAGGAAGGGUAGAAAACCUUCAGAAGCCACCCUGAGCUGUGUAGCUUUCUGCUAGUCUGCCGGCGUUGCUUGGUUGUCGCCGUCGCUGCGUUGCCAGUCUUGUGCGGCGUGCCUGGCUGCAGAACGGGAGGUCCCUGGGACAUCAGGACCGCGUUAGGUUUAACCGUUGUACCUGAGUACCUGUCAUCUCCUUUAGCUAAGUGAAUAGUCCUUAUGACUGCUCCUCAUACAAUUUAGGGGGAUAUAAUUGAUGCUGUCCCGUUUGGUAGUUCUGAACUAGCAGAGUUGUUUAGUUUUGGUGUACUGCUAUCUGAUGGUGGCUUGAUGUCAUCUCCUACACUGCUCUGUUCCUUUUUUUUUUUUAAUUGAAGUUUCCUCUUUUGAAUCAUGCUGAAACUGCCUUCCCAGGUUAUUGUGGGUUUUCUUCCUUGUCACUCUGCCCAACUGCAAUGGAUAUUCUCUUAAUUUUUCCUGACCAGUAAGUUAAAAUCAGGUAGUUCAGGUAAGAGGACUUUCAAGAGCCAUAUUAAUGAAAUAAGAGUGUAGGUAUAUUGUGUAGAAGAGAAAGGAAAGAGAAAGUAAAGAAAAAGGCCUCCGAAAUGCAUUUGAUUGACUUUUCUGUGUCCUUUGUAUGUAUGUGACUUGGAACACAAUUGAAAAUGAAACUGCAUUUUUUGCUGUACUUCUUAGUGGUGUUUGGGUCUUUUUUUAUACAAUGAAAACUUUAAACAAGGUAUGCAUUUGUCUGGCACAUGAUGUCCCCAUUACACUGCAUAGGUCCAAAGGACAUACGAGGUUCCUGAGUUUUUUCCUUCUGACAAGUGGCCACCACCUCCGGCUCUUUGGGUGGGGCAUCUUGUGAAGCACUGUUUGCUGGCUGCUGAGUCUCUAAAAGGUUGAGGGGAGGAUCCAGAUGCCUAGCGUGGCAGCUGCCCAUUGCUUUCAGGAGGUGUGCUCCUGUUCAGCGUGCUCCUCCUGGGCGCAGUAACGCUGUGAUCCCUGGGUGAGCGAGGGCUGUGGAAAAGGUCGCCGUGGUAGAGGAUGUUCCAGGAUGAGGCAAGGAAAAACACAUUGGAGUGGCGGGGGCAGGAACUACAGAUGUGAGGAGCAGUGCGUGCGUAAACACGUGUGUAUGUAGUGCUGUCAGUAAAAGGUGUGAGUGUGCCUGUGUGUAAAUAUACUUGUACACACACAGUGACACAGUCAGAUUAGUGAAGUGCUAUCUGUGCAUGAAGUAAAGCGGUUCGAGGAAUGGUGAAGAACAGGACUUAAUGCUGUGCCUCCCUGCCUGCUAUGAGUUAGGCUGUGGUGAACUUGGACUCAGGAAGGCAGAGACAGUGUUAGUAUCCAUGCAUAGACUGGAAGAUGUGGCACAGCAUCUGAAACAUGCUGAGGGUUGGGAUUGUUCUUCAUUUUAGACUUCACAGGGUGAUUUCCCCUAAAAAAGGGUAAUGGUGAGGGGCUGAUUCUGCAGACAACAGCAGAGACAUCCUUAACACGGCUUCCCACAUAGCAGUGUUGUGGUUGCAGGCAGCUGCCUGCUGCUGCACUGAUGUAGAGAGAGCCCUGUGCAGGUACAGGACCAGCGGUUGCUCAACUUCAUGUGCUUGGAGGUGAGGGACUCUCCUAUUGUGUCAUGCACUGGAGUGGCUUCAGCAGAGUCAGGCUGACUGGGGAGAAGAUGAAGUGUUUCAAGCACAAGCGUGCUUAGUGUUAGGUUUUGGCCCUGUGUGCAGUGCACACAUUGAGAGCAGGGUUGGUCCUGCAUAGUAUGAGAGCUCUGUCUGUCUUUGGUCCUGCCAUCAGAACAGGGAGCUUUCUCUGGCUAGAAUGCCCCUGCAUCAAGUAAGCAUCUGUGAAAAGAGAGCUUGCCUGGGACCACAGAGCCAACCUGGCAGCACUUGUGCCUGGAGCUACCAGGUGUUUCACAAGUAUAGCUAGCUGGCCCUGGAACUGCCCUGGGUGUGUGCUCACCUGUGAGCUGAGGGUGGUGGCAAGGCUUUAGAUAUCUCCAGCAUCUGCCUUGAAACUGCCUCCUGCACUGCCCAGCCUUCUUGCAUGGCCCUGCGGAAGGUGGUGUUGGAGAUGAAGCACCUUGGUGGUGUUGGAAGACUGCUGCACCUUUAUCAGCGCUGCAGUGUUGGGCACGUUUGUCCGGAUGGGGCAGUCACUGAGCAAUGAAAUGAGGUGGUGUUGGUGCUGGCCUGUGUGCAGCCCCCAGCUUGCAGGGAGCAGGUUUCACUUCUGUUGGGCUUUCCCUCCAGAGACACGUCUGUGGAGUUGAGGCACCGUGCAGCUGUGGGUGGUAUAGGUGAAGAUGCAGGAGCCUGAACUUACUGCAAAAGCACUGAGAGCCGUUCUUCACGCCUUUAAAAAUGGCAUACCUUUGUCUGAGCUUCAGGGCGAAUACAAAUCCCUGACUGGCGAGUGGAUUCCUUUCAGGCAUCUGGGACAUGACACACUGGAAAGCUAUUUGGAGAGCAUCCCAGGAGUGGUCAGAAUGGAAGGGAACAAAAUGGGAGAGGUCAUUUGCCAUGCUGUUGCUUGCAGUGAAACUGCACCAAUUGCUCAACUGGUGGCCCGGCAGAGGAGUUCCAAGAGAAAAAUGGGACGGCAAGUGAACUGCCAGAUGAGGCUGAAGAACACAUCUCCAGUCACGUUAGCAGGAAAGCCCAAAGGAACUUUGCGACAGCCCAAGACUUUGAGCGUACCAGAACAAGGCAGCAAGAGGCCUGCUCCUCACACACCACGAGGCAGAGGAGUGGCGUGUGGAGUGGUGAAACCUGCUCUGGAGAGUGCCCGGUUUGCCUUGACUCCAGCUGCUGGGACUGGACCACCUAAAGAAAUUCCCAUGCAGAGGCAUGUCACUGUGGUGAACAGGUCUGAGAAGAGACUAACUGUCCCAUCACGGUUUCAAAAGGAGUUGCAAGUUCACCUGUCCAGAAGUUCUUCUAUAGAUUCAAAUGACAACUUGAAUACAUCUGUUGCGGAGACACAUUCUGUUGCCUCUGGCCCUUCUGCUACUCAUAUCAAUGAAAUUCAAAGUCGCAUUAAGGAGAUCCUGAGCAAGUGCAGCAGUGGUGUCUGGUUGUCAAAGAUGCCUCAGAUCUACCGGGAGAGGUACUGGGAGGAGCUUAGCACAACAGUGCUCCAUCAGCUUGAGAACUGGCCCCAUGUGUGCACAGUGGAGAAAGUACACAGAGGUGAUCAGAUUGAUGGGCUUCUUUAUCCUGCUAAGAAAACAGCACCUACAGCAAAAAGUGAUACAGAGCAAGAAAAGGCAUAUCAGAAUGUUACUUCUUCAAAAGCUGACCCCUUAUUAAAACAAAAUACGGAGACUACACCUGCAUCUCUUAGUAGUGACUUCAAGCAAAAAGUUGUUAACAUCUUGCUGAAGUAUUCCAGUGGUCUUUGGGCUAAUGCGCUUCCCAAACUGUACCAAGACACUUACCAAGUAAAAUUUCCAGAAGACAUUCUAAAUAACCUAGAUUUGCUCUCAGAUGUAUGUGUAGUGGAUUAUGUAUCUGAUGUUCCCAGGAAGGCCAUCCUGUAUGCUAAGCCCCAAAGACGCAUUGAUGAAAAUCUGAAUGUCACUGAGAAAGUCCAGAAGCAUGAUGGUACGAAGGCCACGGCUGAGCAGCAGUAUGAAGGAUCCAAGGGCCAAUAUCCAGAGAACAUAACUGUUCCGCCUCUAAUCAUUCCAUCAGAAGGAUCUGUGUCUGUCCUCGUGAUAGAACUAAAAAACACUAAUGACGUCCUAAUUAGGUAUGUGGGUAAAGAAUAUUCUUCUGCCCAGGAACAAAUGGAAGAUGACAUGAAAGCAUACUACAGUCAGAAUAGCAGAGUGUCAGUAGCUCAGUCUCUGAGCGUUGGGCAACUUGUUGCAGUACAUGCUGAAGAAGAUGCCUGGUUGCGUGCUCGAAUAAUUUCUCUUGAAGACAAUAGAAUAAAGGUAUGCUAUGUUGAUCAUGGCUUCAGUGAGUUUGUUGAAAGCAACAGUGUGUACAAACUGCAGAAACAGUUCUAUUCACUUCCAUUUCAAGCUGCAAAAUGCAAACUGGCAGGACUGGAAGCCUUCUGUGAUAACCCUGUCCUAGUAAAGACUGUGGAAUCACAGACAUGCUCCAAGAUACUUGCUGUGGAAAUACUGGAAAAGGGUGAUAUUCCUCUUCUUGUUCUCUAUGACACUUCCGGAGAAGACGAUAUCAACAUCAAUGCUAAUUGUCUGAAGGCGUUGUAUGACAAGUCCCUUGAACUGCACCUACAGGUUGAUGCACUAUACACAAAUGUCAGAGUAACCAGUGUUUUCUCUGAUGGAAGCCUAUAUUGCCAAGUGCCAUCUAAAGGCUUGUCCAGAGUUUCUGAAAUCUUGCAGAAACUAGAAGACUUCUUCCAUUACAAGCAAACAUCUGAAUUCAAUGUAUCGCUGCCUUUCUGUGGCAAAAUCUGCUUGUUGUCUUCCAAAGGAAAAUGGGCACGUGUAGUGAUAAGAAUUAUUCACACUAGACGGGCACUUGAUGUGCAGUUCAUGGAUACUGGAACAGUUGGAACUGUGAAAAUAUCAGAGCUUAGAGAAAUCCCACCACAGUUCCUGAGAGAAGUAAUUGCAAUACCUCCUCAGGCUAUAAAAUGCUGCCUAGCAGAUCUGCCCCCUAACACUGGCAUGUGGACUCCAGAUGCUGUGCUGUGGCUGAGAGACACUGUAAUGAAUUGUCCUGAAUUUAGCAUGAAGGUGGUUAAACAGGAUGGUUCAAAGGGAAUUGUGCACAUUUACUUGUUCACUCCAGAGGACUUCCCAGAUGUGGAUCGUAGUGUCAAUCGACAGAUCAAAAAUGCAGACUUGUGGAAGCAUCAGAAAGAUGUUUUCUUGAGUGCUGCAGCCAGUGGGACUAGCUCCAUGAAAGUGACAAGUGAUGCUGUUUCAGCUGUUCAGUCAACUAGUGGAAGGCUAGAGAAGAGUUUAUCUGAUCCAGCCAAAGAAUCCAGCAGUACAGUGUCUACCAUUGAUAUGCCUCCACCUCUACCCUUGUCAAAGACUGGUGAGCUCAUGGAUGUCUAUGUCUCAGUGGCCUGUCAUCCAGGUCACUUUAUUGUCCAGCCUUGGAAUGACCUACUUAAACUGGAAGCUCUAAUGGAAGAAAUGAUCUUGUACUACAGCAGGGCAGAGGAGAAAUCUGUGAACAUCGAAAAAAACAAGAUUUACGCAGCUAAAAUUGAAAAUCAGUGGUACAGGGUCCUUGUGAAAGGAAUUCUUAGAAAUGGGUUUUUGUCAGUGUAUGAGCUGGACUACGGUAAACAUGAAUUUGUCAGCAUAGAGAAAGUACAGCCACUCGUGGAUAUGUUUAGAAAACUACCUUUCCAAGCUAUAACAGCUCAGCUUGCAGGAGUGGAAAGCCAGCAGUGGUCAGAAGAGGCAUCGAUAGUGUUUCGGAAUCUUGUAGAGAAGAAGGCCUUGGUGGCACACAUACAGGCAGUUACUGAAAGCACUAACUCUUGGGAUCGAAAAAUAGUGACUUUUCUCGUGGACACAUCUCUUCCAGAUACUGAUAUAUGGAUCCAUGAUUUUGUAUCUCAAAGCCUUGUGGAAUUUUCAAAGGAUGAUUAAUCACCACUUCUGAAAUGUAGCAGCUCAGAUUCUUUAGCAAUAAUACAAGUAACAAGCUUUGAAGAAAAAUAUAACUACUACAUGGCCUUGAAGACAAUAAAGGGGAUAAAACUGAAAAAUCUGUGUUCUGUGAAAAUGGUUUAACUAGUUUGGGGUCUUUUGACUUCAGUUGACUUUUGAAAAUUUGCACUUUGUUUACCACUGUAAUGCUAGAAUGUUUGGGUUAAAAUAUUAAAAAAGUUAUUUAUCAAUAAAACAAUGUUGACUUUU